GAUUAAUCUAGCCGGCGAGAUUCCUUCUUUUCUUUGUUGAGUUUUGUGCGAGGUUUCCACUGAGAUACUCCGGCGAUUGAGCGAUGAACUCCGGUCAAUCGUCGGCGUCGGCGGCGGAGGCGGUCGUGAAGACCUUCAGCAGGAAGUUCUAUAUCAGGAAGAAGAGCGAGCUGAGAGGGUGGAGGUUGAGCGAUUCGUACCCAUUCGCGUCCGGCUUCUCUUCGGCACUGAGCUGCCCCUCCGGACCUGGCUCUCCAUCCCUCCUUACGUCAAGUUUGCAAUUUUCACUUGGAAUGGAGCAAUGGUUGAGCUGGAGGGGAACAGUGAUGUUUGUGUUUCUUAUGAGGGUCCCCGGGUGAUUGUCAUUGGUCCUACAGAUUCUGGAUAAAGUAGUGUGUGCAAGAUGCUGCUUAGCUGGGCUUGUAAAAAGAUUUGGAAGCCAACUUUUGUGGAUUUAGAUAUAGGCCAAAGAUCUGUCACUAUCCCUGGACGUAUUGCUGCUACUCCAGUGGAGAUGCCAAUAGAUGCUGUUGAACGAAUUCCUCUAGAGACGCCAAUUGUGUAUUUUUAUGGGCAUACAUCUAGAGGACUUGCCAAGGAAUUGUCUCGAACCCUUGAAAGACAGUUAUCAAGCAAUGCUGAAUCUAGAGCUGUUGGCACAGCUAUCAACCCUAUGGGAUGGGUCACGGAUCUUGGGUAUGAGUUGCUUCUUCAUGCCAUUGAUACUUUCAAUCCAAAUGUAGUUUUGGUAGUGGGGCAGGAGAAACUCUGUAUCACGCUAAAAAAUGUUCUACAGCACAAGCCAACAGUGGAAGUUUUGGAACUUCAGAAAUCAGGGGAUGUGCUUUUGAGAAAAGUGAAGGUCCCUCAAAAAGCUAGGAACUCUAGAAUUCGGGAAUACUUCUAUGGGAUAUCAAAUGAUCUAUCCCCAUAUUCAAACACCAUAAAUUUUAGGGAUGUCUGUUGGAUCGGCAGCGGUCCACGAGCUCCUCAUGUAACCCUUCCUCUUGGUGCAGAACCUGCAGCAGAUCCUGCUCGAGUUGUCCCUGUCAAAAUAAACCUUGACUUGAUCCAUCUAGUUCUAGCUGUUUCCUAUGCCAAGGAGCCCGAACAAUUAGUCUUUAGUAAUGUAACCGGAUUUGUCUAUGUGACCGAUAUCGACAUCGUGAGUUAUGUUGAUGCUGAUGCAACGACAGGAAGAAGAUCACAUAUCUUGCUUCUUGCCACGACACGUGCCAAUAAUAAAAAAUAUUAAAGGGGUUUAUAUGUGAAAGACCGUAAUAUAAUAUUGAAGACGAAGUUCGCG